AGCAAAAAAAGGGGUUGAAUGUUUAGACACGUCCCAUUAGGUGAGGGAGAAGAGAAAUGCACACACUUUGACAAUAACACAUAACAAGCUACUGUCAAGACAGUCUGACCUACAAAGGUUGCAGAGGUUUGAUCAGUAGUGAAGAUGGAGGGCGUCCUGGAGGCCACGCUCUUUAUCUGCUUAUGUAAACUGAUGUUUAGCGUGGUUCUCUGCCUGCCUUCAGUCGUGCGUACGUUCACCGCCGCCGGUCUGUGCUGCAUCUGCCUGCUGUUAUUCACAGAUCUCAUUAUCGCCCUGAUCCUGAUCUACGUCCGGAUCACGGAGUGCUGGUUGAUGCCUUUCCAGGUGUCCUCCGAUGUGAUUGCGCUUCGAUUCCUCCUCUUUCUCUGCCAGGCCUACGGAGUCGUGAUGCUCUUGAUGCCACCGCUGAUCGUGGUUGAACUGUUGGUUGAUCUUCUCCGCUCUCAGGACAGUAAAGAGGAUGCAGAGCUUGAUAAAGAUGCAAAUACUCUGUGGAGUCCGGGUGCGUCUCUCUCACAAACGAUAGGAUACAUCAGUUGUCUUUUCGUAUGGAUCGUGAGUGCGUUUUACAGCAGUAACAACUUGAUGCUGGGUCAGCUUUCUACAAAAAACUGUUUGGAAGGAGAGUCUUGCAUCAUGAACUGUCUUCCAGGCUUUCCCAUGACCCAAUCUCCCGGUCUGGAUGAGCUUUCCUGGAUCGUUCCUGGUAUGGUGCUCCUAUUGAUCCUGACAGGCGGACUAGGCCUACUCAAGACUAAAGCCUAUGAAAAUACAUUAAUACACCGAGGUGGGAGUAAAGACACCGAGCAUACGCACAUACAGCUGCCCAUAUUCGACAAAGCUGCUCAUCUAUACGUGUCAGCGAAUCCUGGCACCGACUCAGAGAAAACACCCGACAGCUGUGCAGUUCACAGGGCUGGGUUUGUUUACAAUGAGAAACGAUGGUUUUGUCCGGGGAACGUUGCUCUGUGUACUUACCAAACAGGUUUUGUUCAACAGAAAACGCUACCAACUGGCCAUACACCACUUUUCCAAUACAAAACAAAACUUCGACAGGAGAUUACAUCAUCAGAAGUUGAUAAAAUGAAGCAUUGCGACUAUAAAAAGACCCAAAUGGUCCUGAAUGAAACACUGGGGACUCAAAGAAAACAGUCUUGCCGUCAUGAAACGGAAAGUCCCUGCCUGGGGGAAGAAAUGUUAAAAGGACUUGUGUGUGCCGUUCUGGUUUGUGUUUUUCCCACAGUUGUUAGCUGUAAUGUUUUUCUUAUCUUAAACCUAGAGACUCUUGUGGUUCAUUCUGUGAAACUGUUAUCUUUGUCGGCACACAGAGUCUCCGCUCUUUAAGUGAACCCCAAAGAUGUGAUAUAUGUAUGACGUGGUAUUGGCACAAACACUGAUUAUUACUAUAUUAUUAACUAAUUUGGGAACGUCCAUUUGGGCAUUAGAGAAUAAGGUGCAGCAAUAAUGUUUUUAUAUAAGUUUAAUUAAUCCAAAGCAGGUCAACACACACUGCGAUGUGUUAAUGUGAGUACGUGUAAAAAUUUUAAAUAAAGAGGUGAUGCUAGAGGACACAUCUUGUGCAAAAGUGUCACCUGAAUACUACACCAAGUAUAGAUGGUCGCUCCAUCAAUGUCCGUGUAAUAAAAUACAACCAUUUGAUGGAUUGUUCAUGCACAGGAGAGACCCGAGGAGAAAAAAAUCAAAUAAAGUUUGUUAAGAAUU